CAAACAAUGUCGUCGCAGCAGCAGCAAACAAAGUCGCCCUUUGACGUCGUCGUCCUCGGCGCGGGCAUUCUCGGCGUGGCGACGGCCGACGCGCUCACCACCGCCGGCCUGCGGGUGGCCAUCGUCGCGCGCGACUUGCCAGAGGACGCGCACUCGGCGCAGUUUGCCAGUCCUUGGGCUGGCGCAAACUGGUCAUCCUUCGCCUCCAACCCGGCCGAACAAGCCCGCGACGCAUUCACCUUCUCCCGCUUCUCCGACCUCACCACCGCGCACCCCGAGAUCGUGCGCCGCUACCCGUUCAAGUACAUCUGGAACACGGACGUCGGGUACGGCAACCCGUGGUACAAGGAUGUGGUUGAGAAUUUUGGCCCGCUCGACCCCGCCGCCGUCCCCAGCCCCUACACCCAAGGCGUGACCUUCACGUCGUUCUGCCUGAACCCGGCCCGGCUGAACGCGCACCUCGUCGCGCGGCUCAAGGCGCGGGGCGUGCCGUUCAUCCGCGCGCGGCUCGGGUCGCUGGACGAGGCGUUCGCCGCCGUCGGACCCGUCGACUUUGUCGUGAACGCGACGGGCCUCGGCGCACGCACGCUCCUCGGCGUCGAGGACCCGAAGGUCUUCCCGAUCCGCGGGCAGACGGUGCUCGUGCGCGCGCCCGGCGUGAACACUUGCUUCGGGGUACGCGACCGCGACCUGCCCGAAGGCGAGUCGACGUACAUCAUCCCCCGGCCCGGGUCGGACGGGUGCGUCAUUGUGGGCGGCACGUUCCUGCCCAACAACUACAGCCUGCUGCCCGAGCGCGAGACGGCCAAACGUAUCCUCCAGAAGGCGUACGCUAUCUGCCCCGAGCUCGCCGGGCCCCACGGCAAGUCCUGGGAGGACAUCGAGAUUGUCAGCCACAACGUCGGCCUCCGGCCCGCGCGCGAGGGCGGGCUGAGACUCGAGAUCGAGGAGCGCGAGAUCGUGCCGGCCAAGCAGAGCCUCGUGCCCGAGAACGGCAGGGCCAGCGCCCCGCGCAAGGUCGCCGUGCUCCACUGUUACGGUAUCGGCCCGGCUGGAUACCAGGCCAGCUUGGGCAUUGCGGAGGAGGCAAAGGGCCUGGCAGUGGGCUACCUCUCCAAGAAGGCCGCCAAGGCUAGGUUGUAGGCUUGUUAGGACGUAGUUGAUCUGUCAGCGGUCAGAAUACUGUCAAAAUUAUGAAUUAGUUGUGAAUGGAAC